AUGACAUUGGCAACGGUCGACACGAAAUCGUCCUUUUUGAAGGAUCAUAUGUUCAAACUACAGGAAGUUUCAAAAAGACAAAGCGAUUAUAGGCGAGCACUAGUGGCACGCCUAAAGCACUUCAGACGCAAUCAAAUCAUGGAGGGUAAUAUAAAGAAAGGCACUGCGAAAUUACGCAAGGAGAGAACCGAUAUCAAGUUGCACAUGUGGACAGCACUCGGUGCACAAUACCGAAGAAAAUCUGCGGCAAAUUUGAAAACCAUUAAAUGCCAUAUAAGCUGUGAAGAGCACCUGGCAGAGGAUAUACAGCUCCUGAAAACGGGCAUAGCCAAUAUUGAACGUGAACUAGGUCGAAUGGCACGUCAGAUAUACGAACUAAAUCGGAACACUGUGCCUGCGACAAGAGCCAUUGAAAACAAAGUGCGGGCGCAAAAGAAAUUGGCCAUGAUGGAGAAUCAAUUGGAAGUGGGCAUACAUCAAGAGUGUAAAAUGGCCGCCGAGAAUAUGGCAUUGCGCGAAGAGCUGCGCGAACUAAUACACGAGCGUAAAACCUUCAGCGAUCACUAUUACAAAUCAAUACGCGAACUCAAUAGCGACAAGAAAUAUAUGAUCGAUUUAAUUGGUUACGCGUUGAAUCAAUUCGACGCGAGCAUAGAUCUCUAUGAGAGAUUCGAUAUUUUUAAGAAACGCCAGAGCAGGGAGCUGGAACAAAAACGUUUGGAAAUGCGUGAUCUCAGUCGUAACAAAUCUGAAUUGAAAGAUGAAGUUGAUUUUUAUAAGACCAAAAAUCGUUACAGAAAUUUGGAUGACUUGCAGCCGAAGGAGUAUCGCAGACGGGACAACAUGCGCGAGAGCUUGAAACGCAAGCUCACCGUCAACAAAAAGGUGUUGCACAAAAUCUUCCAAUAUACCGGUGAGAAGAAUGUUCGAUCUGUGAUAAACAACUUUAAGGAACAGGAAAGCCUCUACUACUCUUAUUUCAAUUACGCCAAUGAGACGAGUUACCACAUGACAUUGUUGAACAACGCCGUUAAUCGGCUUUUCGCGGACAUUGAUAUGCUCAAGUUGGAAAACCGAAAUUCUAUGCAAAAUCAAUUGGAGCAAAUCGAGAAAUUGGAAGCGAGUUUGGCGGAAAAACGUCUCAGCAAUAAGAAUCUUCAAAAAACCAAAGAACUAAACAAUGAACGUUUGAAGAAACUUUUCCAAGGUUUAAAACUGGUACGCGAUCAUUCGAAAACCAAUUGGAAAUCACUGGAAGAACUAAUUGGCAAGUAUCGGGAAAUCAAUAUAAAUAAUUUAAGUGCACAACUGAAGCUGAUGGAGAAACAUAUAUUUGGUGUCUUGACAGUGGUCUAUAGAAAUGAACGCAAAGACCCCAAUAACAGACCAAACGAGUACCUGGUGAAGCACAUAGAAAAGUUCGCUGAUUAUGCGACUAAUUUGGAUGAUAUUGUCUUAACGCAGCAAUGUCCCGAAUGCGCCGAAGUUGAUGCCCUCAAUAUAGAUGAGACAGAGAGUGUUGGCAUUAUGCGCAUAGAAAAUAUAAAGUCCAAGUUAUACGAUAAGGUCACCCAGCCGGAAAUGCAAUAUCGUUUACAUAGCAUGAGCACCUGCCGUUUUCCCAGAGCGCGCAUGCUGACCGCAAAAAGAAAUAUGGAGAACGAGUUAACAUUGAGUUAG